CUGGAUGUUGUCGACGUACAUGUCGUAUUUGACCAAGCUACUGUGCUAUUGCUGCUGUCAAGAUGCGUGCAAUGGACGUCCCCAGUUCCCGUUGAAAAGGUGGUCGUCGUGAUUGUCCAUGUUGUGGUAAGGGUGGAAGAUUUCACCAUUGAACCAGCCUCGGAGCCAUUGCAUGCCGAUUUAGUAGUCCAGCUUGACCAUGAAGAUGGCGAGGGUGCAGAGAAGGUUACUCCAGCUGUCACGCUCUCGGCGUUUGUGAAGAUAGAGCCGCUCCCAGUAAACGACGGGGAGGACUGCCCCGGGGAAAUGCUUGUUGGGGGAACAGCGAUCGUUAGGAACGUUGUCUCAGAUCCUAGGCUGCUAUCCGAGGCACUGGAAGUGUCUUGGGCCUGGGUGGGCUGGCCAGUGGGAAACCCAAAGGUUGUGAUGGAUGAACCCUCUGAUGAGGCUCGGCUCGAAUUGGUCCAAACUCCCGACAAGGAGCUCAAGGGUCCCCCAAUUGAAGACCCAGAACGUGAUAAAAGAGCUGUCAAUGUUGUAAGGUCAAUUCCUGGAGUGAUCGAUGAGCUGGAUAUAUUACGAAUUGAUGCAAGAUUUGUUUCUGUGGCACCUGGCACCGUUCUGGGGGUUGUGCCCUCGCUGGUUGCAGGAUCCUUCAUUGUGAUAGUUGAGGUCUCCAAAGCCGUGCGAGUGUUGACAAUUGUUCGAGAAACGGGGCCACCUGAUGACGAGGAUUCUACUGGGCUGGAUAGAGUAAUAAAAAUUGGCGAACUGAAGGCUGGAGAUGAAGUAGUAUCUGUACUCGCCGAGGAUUCUAUUGGGCUGGAUAGAGUAAUGAAAAUUGGCGAACUGAAAGCUGGAGACGAAGCGGCAUCUGCACUCGUCGAGGAUCCCAUGGGGCUGGAUAGAGUAAUGAAAACUGGCGAACUGAAGGCUGAAGACGAAGUAGUAUCUGCACUCGUCGAGGAUCCUAUGGGGCUGGAUAGGGUAAUGAAAGUUGGCGAAGUGAAGGCUGGAGGUGAAUUGGUAUCUUCACUCGCCGAGGGCCUGGAAUCAGAAGAUCCACUGGUAGGUAUGGGAGACCCUAAGCUGCUCGACCAGCUUCCUGGAAGCGAAACCGUAAUAGUUAGACCCGAGGUUGCUGGGGACGUCUCUUCACUGCUUGGAUUGUUGGAAGUCCCGGAACCGCGGCCCCGUGUCGUACGCCAGGGUAUUGUCGACAAUGUGAUGAGACUGGGUUCCGGGACACCUGUAACGAUUUGGCUCUCGGUUCUCAGAGAUGUGAAGAUUUGA